GGCCAACACAGCCACACGCUGUGCGGGAAAGGUGUUUUCGCGCCAUCGGGGCACUGCAUUGUUGCUGCUGUGGCGGAUGCCUGGCGGAUGCCCGAAACACGCUUCUUUUUAAGUGCUCCAUUUAAUCUCAUUUUGAACGAUUUAUUUUUGUUGGCCGCGAUAUACUCGCAGUUCUUGUUUUAUUUACCUUAUUCGACUUCGCCUUAAAGCUACCUUCAGUCUUUCCGGUGGAUAUCUGUGCGUUGAGGAUCGUUGAAUCUUCUAGUGUAAUAAUAAUUAUGCUGUAACGGAGCUUGCUUGCAAGCCAAGCUCGAAACAAAAGACGGCUUUGGAAAGCACUAUUCUGUUCUGAAAUCUUCAUGAAACAUGUAGGAUUUGAACUUCAACUUAUUUCCACCACACGUAUUUCUCCUGUAUAUCGGAAACCUACUAUCUUCUAGUCCAGCAGCACUUGGUGCAGCUCAUCCUGCACCAUGCCGCGAGGCAGGAGGACGGUUGUGCUGAACGAUGAGUCAGUGGUGAAGAUGGCGACGCCAGACAUGGCCACAGCCAAGCUAGGCUCAGAGAGAUAUUUCUCCCAUCAUCUGGCUUCUGGUAUUGGAGAACAUACCACAUCUGUAAGCCCCUCUUCUCCAUUCCAACACCUCCUUGACCACGAGUACGGUCAAACACCCCAAGAUCAAAUCAUCCGUCAACCUGUCGCUAUUCCCCCACGUACACAGGCAGUGAAACGCCGAUUAAACCUGGAGUCUCGGAGUGAAGAUGGGUUCAAAACGCCCAAAGUUACCAAGAGAAUGCGGAGCAUUUCGAACAACAGCUCAUAUGGUAGCCCAUCCAGCAAAGGGAAAAACAAGACUGUGGAAAGAACACGAUAUGACACAUCCCUGGGACUUCUCACAAAGAAGUUUGUCGGACUUCUGGAAAACAGUCCCUAUGGUAUCGUUGAUCUCAAUGUUGCCUCUGAAAGGUUGGAUGUCCAGAAGAGAAGAAUUUAUGACAUUACAAAUGUUCUGGAAGGAAUUGGUAUCCUGGAGAAGAGAUCCAAAAAUAACAUACAGUGGAGGGGUGGCAAGAUGCCAAACCAGGGUGACUCACAGUCACGCCUGAGAACUGAUAUUCAGAAUUUGACCGCCAAGGAAAAUAUGUUAGAUGAAUUGAUCAGAAAUGCUGAACAUGAGCUGAGGCAGUUAAGUGAAGAUAAGCGUUAUGCAUACAUUACUUAUCAAGAUUUGAGGAGUAUACCGUGCUAUGCUAAAGAAACAGUUAUGGCAAUCAAAGCCCCACCGGAAGCAAAAUUGGAAGUGCCUCAUCCAAGCGGGAAUGGUGGUUUACAAAUGUACAUGAAGAGUACUGACGGUGAAAUUGAGGUUUUCCUGUGCCCAGAUGAUGCAGCCCCUAGUGAGUCUGAUGUCAAGUCCAAUCCGUCACAAAUAGAUGAUCUUCCUGUUGGAGAACACUAUGUUGAAGUCCCUCAGCCAAGUGUAGCGUCCAAUCAAGAAGCCCCAACAUUAGACUCAAAUGAUGACAUUGUUUCCAUUUUACCUGCCUCAAAUCAUAUUGAUCUUGAAGCCUUAGGCUUACUCAUGAAGACUGAGCUUAAGAGUGAGCCAAACUCUCAAGAUGAAGGGCAUAGUGAAGAUUUCCCGGGAUCAUGUGACGGAACAAUGCGGUUGAAGAAUGCCCUGAUAAGUGAGUCUGAUGACUUUGGUCCAAUGGGAGGUAGAUAUCAGCUGCAAACAGAGGACCAGCAUAAUAAUAGUGUGACCGAUGCUGAUUCGGCUUUAAGCAGCAGUGAGCCAUUUUUAUCUCUGGAACCACCUCUUACAGAUUUCAACUUCAGCUUGGAGCCCUCAGAGGGUCUCACUGAAGUGUUUGAUUUUCUGUUCUAAUUGAGCCAAGGUACAAAUGCUUCUUCAAUCCAAGAGAUAUUUUUGAUUGUUUAGAUUGUUUUAGACUUAUUGAUUGAUACUUGCCACUCAAGACUCUUCUGCAGAAUCUUUGAAGUUCACGGCACAUGUACUAUAAGUCUUAAUUGAGGUGUUUUAUGGUCCUCAAACAUCACACCUAACCAGGUCACUUGAACUGCCAUUAUAUUUAGCCAAAUAUUUUGAUUGCUUUGUAUGAAAACACUCUUCAUGUGGUUGAAUCACCUAUCAGCUUUUACAACCAACUUUUUAAAGAAUGUUGAUAGUUUUGGUGCCUUGUGUUGUUUUUUUUAUACACAUAUUAAUGAAUGUAUUGUAUAUAGUUUAAGUUUGUACAUUUUUUUUCUUGAGUGAAUGAGUAUGUGCGCUUGCAAGUUAUGUUUACCUUCACCAAUGGAUUACGAUAUAGUUGGUGUUUAUCUACAUUUGUGUACCUGUUAAUUGUGUCAAUUGCACAGAACCUGUAAUGAACUGAAAUAUUUUAUGUAAAUUUGGUCUCUGGUUGGUGUAUUUGCUGAAGUCUAUUCAUAUUAUACCAACCUGGUGUGGGAAAAAAUUGUCACGGGAUAAAUGAACAGAAAAACUUACAACCAUAUUACUGUCACUUUGGUCAUGACCCUCUUAAAUGAACUGUCCAUUAUUUUGAUUCAAAUAAUUUCCUGACAAUGAAAUUCUGAAAGCAUACCAUGCUGUUCCCUUUUAAUUGAUUAAAUAUUGUUACCUGUACUGUGUGUCUCAAUUUGUGCUCUUCAUGUUAAAGUUUUACUGAUUGUUAAUCAAACUGAAUGUUAAGCAUUUGUGAAGGAAGUGCAUGGUUAAACUAAAACAAAGGUACUUCUCUGUGUCUUUUGCAUCUGUUUCCAUUCUAGUUUGCUGAAUAAGCUUUUUGUCAUUUUUAACCCCGUAAUUCUGGUUUGUCUGUCAUGCAGCUUGUAGUGUUCUUAAUCAGGGUUACAUCUGAUUGUUAAGGCCAUUUGAGGGAUCAGACGAAAUUCCAGGAUGAUGGUUUUCCUUUUAGUUGUAUUUGUGGUAUUUCCUGCCAGGUUAAAUUUCAUCCAUUUAAUGUAGGAUAUUCAAAAUGACAGUGGGUCCAUUGUCAGCCAUGUGCAUCUGUCUUGUUAAAGAUGCCAUUUAUUGUGAAUCAACAUAUUUGUUUGCUGGUUCUUUUUAUUUUCCUUAAUAUGUCUGGAACAGUGUACAGUGAUGUGCAAUGAUAGUGAAAGAAAGAAACAAAAUAAUUUUAUCAUUACUUCUAUGACAUUUAUAUUUCUUCUUGGUGAAUUAUUUUAAAGUUACCAAAAGCCCAGUUUCUUUUCCCAGUUCUGUUAUUAAAAUCUCCCUAAACUGGAGUUGUUACAAUUAUGACUACUUGUUAGAAAAAAUAGUUAAAAUGAUGAUGCUUGUUUGAGGCUGGUAAGCUCGGUUAUUCCCUCAUCAGCACAUGCUGAAGAGAGGUUUUACCAAUGCUACUAUAUGGCAUACUGUGUGACAUUGUGUGUAUAGUUUUACUUUUCAUUUAGUGCACGACUGUUUGACAUAUCAUGAGAUUGAUUUGUCAGUGUGUAAUUAUAUAUUUAUAUUUAAAAAGAAAUAGUACAUAUGACUAUGUAACUAACCUUGUGCUAAUUUGUUUAAGUUUUUGCACAGGGCACUAUCUUAAUUCUAUUUGUAUUGGUGUCACAUCAUUUUUGUGUCUAGGCAAUUGGUGUGUGAACUCGCGCAGAUGUUUUGGAGCAGUGAAUGUAUUUUUGGUUUCUGCUUGUCAUGUCUUUCUUUCUGUGACAGCCUCCAUCAAUUUUGUUUUCUUUUGUGGACAUUGUUAACAUUGCAGUAAUGGAUUACUCCUAUUCUGUUCACAGCAGAUUUAGAAGUAUCCCGCCUCUUGAAUGUUCGAUGGUUCUAGAAGUUUCCAUGGCUUAACAGUGACUACACACCUGAGUUGAGAAGCAUAGAUAAACAGGAAUUUAAUGGUCAAUUGAUAGAAAAAUAAACAUUCCUUGCUCCUUUUUAAAUGGAUUUUUUUUUUAAAAGACUCUGUGCGGAGCUGUGGCAAUAUUAAUUCAGUUUUUGGUGGUUGUGUUUGGAAACAGUUAAAGCUGUCCACCUUGUCCAGUUUGUGGUCAGAGCUCAUAUUAUGUACUUGAUCUGAAUGCAUUGAGCUGCUUUGUCAUCUGUUUCAAUUAUCAACUGAAAAUUUAAGUGCUUUUAUCUUAAAAGUGACUCUACUGUUGAUUGUCUUAAUUAGCUGUUACUAUUUUUAUGUGAAUCUGUUUUAAUGCGUGUCUUUCUGUCCUAUUAGUUUAUGGAUAUCCAGCAUAGAACUAAAUGUGAGCUUACAUGGAAAAUAUAAAACUUCUCAUAUUUUUAAUGUU